AUGGCUAUAGUUGUCGCAAUGUCAUUGUUAUUCCCUACACCCUGGACAGAGAUGGAUUCCGGUCGAUUGCCGGAAUAUCUUGCCAAGUUAUCCGUUCCUGCGACGCCUCCACCGCCACCAACUCCUGUGGCGCGUUGUGCGGGAUCAUCAGGCCCAUCUUCAAUGUCAAUCAAGGAAAUCCUAAUCGGCUUGGGAGAUCUGCUGAUGAAAGUCCCCGGUCUCGCAUUCGUCUCAGAUUUCUCUAUGGAUGUUGCCAGUAUGGUCGAAGAUUCUAGCGAUUCUGACUCUUGGAUGACUGUAGAUUCUGAUGAUGUGCAAGCGCCUCAGGGCCCCAGUCAAACAAAUCCGCUGCCAUCAAAUCCACAGAAUCCACAGCCCUUGCAAAUGACACCACAGAUGCCUCCACCACCACAGGUUUCUCCGGGGAGUCCAAUCCAGGCUCCACCGCAGCCACAGAACUCGACCUCGGUCUUGUAUUCGUCACCUGCCCCACCGGCCCCUCCACCACAGGCCCCCCCUCCACAAACUCCUCCACCACAAACUCCUCCACCACAAACUCCUCCACUGCGAACUCCCCCACCCGCAGAUCAUGAAAUGGUCGAUAUUGAUGCCACUCCAAGAUUUUAUAUGGGCUUUAGAAACAAAAUGCCGCAGGUGUGUCCUAUCAUAUCCCUAAAAGAUAAGCUUCAAAUGUAUCUAUCAGCAACCACCAUCCCCAACUGUCCAGAAAUCAAAAAAAAAAGGCGAGUCCAUGAAGAUACUCAGCCUGGACCUUCUCAUCGGCCUGGCUCUGCUCAGCCACGAGCUCAGUCAGGCUCUCAAUCUCAUGAUCAAAGCCCUGUUGAUAUUUUGCAAAAUUUAUUCGACAACCAGACAAAGAUGAUGGCGGAGAUUUACUCUCGCCUUCAGCAAUCCAAUGACGACAUACUCUGGAAACAGGACCAGAAGAUAGACACGGUGGCUAAAUCCCUCGAUCUCAAUGCAGAAAUACUCAGUCGUAUCGGGGAGACACUUGAUAUGAUGUCUGGAAAUCGUAAGGAGCAGCGCAGGAAUACUCACGGGACGAGCAGGACUCAGCGUAAUGACAGCGAAGAUUCCACUAUGAAUGAGGGGAGCCGCCCCGCUCACAACAAUAACAACGCCAACGGGGAUCGAGGCCAAGACAAAGGCGAAGAUAAUGACGAGGUAGAGGGAGACGGAGGUGGGGACGGUGAUGAUGAAAGACACCCAAGCGAUGAUAUUCCCAAUCGCAGCCAGAAGAGUCAACAUCACUCUGGAGAGGUGAAACGUCGGCCCCUCCAAGAGCUCAAAGAAAAGGAGUUAAUCCGUAAAUGGCUUAACGAGAUAAUGGAAGGUCAAGAUCUCCUGGCAGAGGUUGUUACCAAGGAAGAAGCCGAGGAAUUCGCUCAAACAUUCAAAAAUAAUCCACUCGCACGUCCAUGCUCAACUGAUAAUUUUCGCUACUGGAUUGCUGGUGGCUCCAAAUCGCCGUGGAAUCAGGGUGCUUCAUAUGUCUUUGUAGACAUCCUUGUGAAGAAGAAGUUGGUUCCUGAUCUAGACAUUCAAGCUCGCGAUGCUCUCCGCAAAGCUUUCUUUGUGAGACUCAAAUCACUUCACACAUGCUGGCAAGACAAGCAGAAAAUGGCGGAGGACAGUGACAAAACGCCUCGUUCAUUAUUCUCCAAAAGGUGGCAGCGGAAGAAUACUCUUUUCCAUCAACGAAGAGAUGUACUCGUCACUUUCUACUCGCUCCAACCCUUCCUGGGCACUUUCGAUGACUUAGGCAUUGCAGGAAUGUCUUCUGAUGAAGAGGAUCCUGGCAUGAAGAAGCCCCGUGUGCAAUAUAUCAUCAAGGAGCCCAAGUGGCGAAGUGUCGAAUUGAAGAACCAUCUCCGGCUCAUAGACUAUUGCCAUCUUGAAGGGCGAUGCACAACUGACCAACUCCAUUUCAGUUUCUCGCGAGGUUCUCCGCCACGCCUUCGUGUGGAUAGAAACGAUAAGACCUCCAAAAGCAAAUACGUUCGUGGACUGCCUGCCAACUUCUACGAUGCACAAUGGCUUGAAGAACAAGAACCUGGAUGGUCAAAGGGUGGAAGCGGUUUCGUCAAUGAGUUGAUUCGUCCAAAAAAACCCGUUAAGCUUGUUUUUCCUCCAGACCUCAUGAAGACGUUACAACAGAGAGGUUAUACAAAGGCGCAGGGAACGGCCUGA